GGAGGAGGUGGUAGGAAAUAGGGAAAAAGGAGCGCUGUGCUGUCUGCAAGGAAAUUACAUCUGUAAGCUCACACACAAAACCCUGUAGCAGACUGCACUAGCCCACUCAGUCAGGCUAAGGGGGGCAGACAGGAGACUGCCUCUGCAAGUUAAGAAAGGAAGAGGACGUGAAGAAGUCACUCAUAGGGAACACACGGACACUGGGAACAUAGAACCUGCCUGCUGACCGAAACCUUUAUCUUGAUCAGGAGUUUACGAGACUCACAAUGAAGGACUUACUUCUGUUCUGCUACUGUGUGAUGCUCAGUAAUGCCUUGCCCUUUGAACAGAGAGGUUUCUGGGAUUUUUCUAUGGAUGAUGGACUAACCAUGAUGAGAGAUGCAGAGGGGGAGGGCUCAGGACUGGACCCUAAAGUUGAUUCUCCAGCACCACCUAUGGACUUGUGCCCCUUUGGAUGUCAAUGUCACCUACGGGUUGUUCAAUGCUCUGAUCUGGGUCUCACCAGUGUGCCCAAGAACAUCCCGAAGGAUACCACCCUCUUAGAUUUGCAGAAUAACAAAAUCACGGAAAUCAAAAAGGAUGAUUUUAAGGGGCUUCACCAACUCUAUGCUUUGGUUUUAGUCAACAACAAAAUCUCUAAGUGUCAUGAAAAUGCCUUUGACCAGUUGCCCAAGCUACAAAAGCUGUACAUCUCAAAAAAUAGCUUAGAGGAGGUACCCAGGAACUUGCCUGGCUCCCUGGUGGAGCUUAGGAUUCAUGAAAACAAAAUCAAGAAGAUUCCCAAGAAUGCCUUUAAUGGGCUGAAAAACAUGAACUGCAUUGAAAUGGGAGGAAACCCUCUAGAAAAUGGAGGAAUCGAUGCUGGAGCAUUUGAUGGGCUAAAACUAAACUAUCUGCGCAUUUCAGAGGCUAAACUGACAGGAGUUCCUAAAGGUCUUCCAAGCAGUCUAAAUGAGCUUCACCUCGACCACAACAAGAUCCAAGCAAUUGAAAUGGAAGAUCUGAACCAGUAUUCCAACUUGUACAGGUUGGGACUGGGUUACAACAACAUAAGAGUGAUAGAGAAUGGAAGCCUUUCUGCUAUGCCCAUCCUGAGAGAGUUGCACCUGGACAACAACAAACUUUCCAAGGUGCCCCAAGGGCUUCCAGAUAUGAGAUUCCUGCAGGUCGUCUACCUACACUCCAACAACAUUACUCAGAUCGGGGUAAACGACUUCUGCCCAGUAGGCUUUGGGGUGAAGCGCGCCUAUUACAACGGGAUAAGCCUGUUUAACAACCCUGUUCCAUACUGGGAGGUGCAACCUGCCACAUUCCGCUGUGUGACUGACCGCUUGGCUAUCCAGUUUGGAAACUACAAGAAGUAAAAAAAUAUAUAUAUAAAAAUAAACACAAGUGAGAGAUUAUUCUUAAAACCAAAGAAAUCAACAAAGAGAAAGAGAAGGGGAGGUGCAAAAGAUCCAGCAACAAAAAUCCCAACUAUUUUCUUCUCGAUAAGAGAGGAUAUAUGUAAGACUUAACUACCGUAAACAAACGCCCACGCUUUAGGUAUCGCUCCUGACCUGCCUAUCCUAUGGAACCGCUGUAUAUAUAAAUAGAAGGAUUUUCGGGUAGGCAGUAGCUGCACUAUAAAUGUAUAGCCUCAAAUCUGUAACCCCCUUAAUUGGUACUUAUUGUAUUGGAAAUUGGAAAAAAAUUGUGUAAAUACAGAACCCAAUCACUCUACCGCCUUCUGUACUGCAACCUGGACGUAGCUGGGACAGUUGUUCUUGGUUUGUCACCUUCACAGGACAAGCAAGAGAUGGUCACAGUCGCUGGCUAUAUUUGUAUUCGCUCACACCGAGAUGACGUUCUGUUAUCUAUCUGCUCUGUUUUACAUUAAAGGGACAUUAAACACUAAAUAAAUGCUAGCUAGAAUGAUGCAUUCAAAGGCAAGAUUAGUAUGAGAAUAACAAGUAGAUGUAGUUUUUAAAGUUUAUUUAGCCGUUUUAAUAUUGACAAAGUAUGUGUAAAAUGUUAGUGUCUAUAAAACAAUGGGAGCUGCCAUGUUGUAACUUAGGAUACCUUCUCAGCUGUGGCCAAUUAGGGACAGUUAUAAAUAGGUCACUAGAGUGUGCAGCCAAUGGUUGUGCUGGAUUUAACAGUGUUCUGCACUUCUAUUUCUAACAGGAACUGAAAAGCUCACAAUUUCAGAAUGGAAUUACAGAAAAAGGGGACAAAAUAAAUAAUGAAAGUAUAUUGCAGAUUUUUUUUUUUAUAUAUAUAUAUAAGAUUUAUCAUUUUAUAUUACCAUCCCAAAGUGUUUAAUGUCCCUUUAACUACAAAUGGUAUACAGGGAACAUUCUGCUUAAUUACUUCUGGUAAUACCGAUAGACCUAGAACCUUGCAGGGCGUGACCUGGAAUCUACAGAUCCAUACUGACAUCUCAUGGUCUCUAGUGGUAUAAAUAAACCAUAAUGGUUAGCUAAGUUCUUUACACAGCUAUAGCCAUCUCCCUGCAUGUGAGGGAUUAAAUCUGCAUCCAUUCUGCUCUUGCUCUUUUGAUGCCAGACAUCUGAUAAUCUGCUGAAAACAAGUCCCCAGUUUCACUAUCCUCCUCCCUACAUAUAAAGAACGUGCUAUUUGUGAACACCAGGGUGGCUCAUUAAGAGAGAGAGAGGAUACAUUCCUGGCUAACUCAACAGAAGUUUUAUGUAAUAUAUUUUCUCUUUUUAGAGGUAACCCCCCAAAAAACAUACACAACAAAAAGCCAUAAUAUCAUAGCCUGUGUCAUUAUAAUUAAUGAAAAACUGCUAUCUUGGUAGUGGGGUAAGCACAAAUAACUUUACAAACAGCCAGCAGGGUAUAUGUUUUGUUUUUAAAAUAAAUGAUAUUUUGCAAAAGUGGUGUAAUUCUGCCCCCCAGUGAGCAAAGAUGGUAAUAGCAAAAGCAGCUUCAUUCUAAACCAUGCAGAUAUUUAUAUUUUUUUUAUCAAUGUUACUAGGUCUAAAUUCACUAAACCUUGUUGUCAACCAAGGUAAAAGUUGCAGCCCUUAUUAUAGAGCUUCUUGAUUAAUGAUCAAUUUCCCACUGAUACUCCACUACCUAUUAAUUGUGUUAGAGAACUUGCUCAGAUAGACAGAGUGAGAUUUCAGGGGAAGGUCAUUUGAAAGCCUCACUAUUUUCAGUGAGGAACCUUAAUAAAGGAAGUGGAAUAGAGGGCAAAUUAUCUUGCUCGCCCACCAAUCUAACUCAAUCUAGACAGAACCAUUAUUAUUUUAACCCUUUGAGUGCUAAGCACUUUCCCAUCUGGGUGCUAAGAUUUUUUAAUGUUUUUUUUAUUUUUUUUUCAGACCCCCAAUACUUACAAUGUUGGAAAGGUUAGGCGAUUACCUUUCCAAUGGUGGGUCUUGGGGGUCUGUAGCUGCUUAGAUGCCUGAGAUACAGGCUUCUAAGCAUGCCCCCUGCUCCUAUACUUAACAUUGUUAAGUAUAAAUAAAGUUGUGACGUCACCACGCAAAACGGGAAGCUCCGGCGAUGCCUGUCACUCUACAGGCACAAUCGCCGGGGUAGGAGCCGGUGGGAGCCCCCAGAUCUCCCUCAAGGUGGGAGAGUGCUAGUGACGGCUCUGAGCUGUCAUUAGCACAAGAGUAGGAAACUCUGUGAGUCGUCAUUAGCACUCAAAGAGUUAAUUAGCAGACUUAAAGGGAUAUGAAACCCUUUUUGUUUUCUUUCAUGAUUCAGAUAGAACAUGCAAUUUUAAACAACUUUCUAAUUUACUUGUAUUAUCACAUUUUCUUCAUUCUCUUGGCAUCUUAUGUUGAAAAGCAGUAAUUUAAGCUCAGGAGCCAGACCAUUUCUGGAGCACUAGAGGGCAGCACUAUUUCCUGUAAUGCAGUGCUUCAGAUGCCUACCUAGGUAUCUCUUCAACACGGAAUAUCAUGGGAACGAAGCAAAUUUGAUAAUAGAAGUAUAUUAGAAACUUUUUUGAAAUGGUACGGUCUGUCUGAAUCACUAAAGAAAGUUUUUGGGUUUCACAUCCCUUUAACUAAGUGAUGAACAGACGUAAAUCACACAGAACCAGCUAUAUAACAGCACAUACAAUCUAUAAUGAGAUUGCCUGUAUAGAGUGACUGGCUACGUUUCAUAGCAUUAGUACAACAUUAAUACAAACAGGUUGUUAUGUAAUUCAUGUCUAUUUAAUCAGUUUAAAUAUUUGUCUAUAAUCUGGGUAAACCAGUUCUCAGCAACUGAAACAUUAAACUGUUGUCUUCUACGCUAUUAUCAAUAAGGUUUAUUCUGUAUAACUAUCCGCAUACUCUUUACUUGUAUGUAUGUGCACUGUGGCCCACACGGCACGCUGACAAGCACGUAAUGUAAUGGAUGGAAAAUCGAAUAAAUAUUCAGCGCCAUUUAUCACAGGUUAAAAAAAAAUAUAAACUGAUGGAGUGAACGGUGCUUACAGAUGUUACAAAAUCUAGCAAAUCGUUAGUGUUUUUUCAUGUUUCAGGGAUUUUUCCACAAUCGAGUCUAGUUUUAUAAAGGUUAUAUAUCUGGUUUUCCUAGUAAAGAGAUGUAGGUGACAGUUGACAUAUACGGCAGUGAUCCUGUUAAAAGAUCACAUGAUCUUCUUUUGAUACAUGAGCGUUGGUUUUCCAUUUACGUUUCAAGCGCCAGUCAUAUCACAUGACAGCAGCGCCACACAACAUGUGAACUGGUCCCUGUACUAUCUGUUAGAGAAGCUCUUUGAACAGUUUACAUAGGGCUAACAUCAUUGUAAUCUAAAAAGAAAACCAUUUUUUUGUUGGAUUUCAAAUAACUCCCCAGCUGUAACCCAACCCUGUAACACCAGUUGUCAAAUAAUUCAACAGCCUCGUGCAUAACCAAUGUGGCCUGUUCAGAGGAUCACUCUGAACUUUGCACAGUCCCCAUGCUCGGCUCCUGUCACAGCCUUCGUGGGUAUUGAACCCAGGACUGCGAGUUUGUGUUGCAGUGAGUUACCUCGGAGCCAUAGGUUAGCCUUAGAUUCUGCUCUUAUUAGUGUUGUUUGUUACUCUUUGGCUCCACCUGCCUGCCAGCUGCGGUAGAUCUGCAAUCAGCUACUGCUAUAAAUACUCAGCACUUUGUGUCCUCCAUGUCUGUUUGUUGGACUUUCUCCUAGGGUGGGCUUUGCUGUCUACUGCUGAAUUAUUCCGCUGAACAUUUUUGCCUGAACUUGACUAUUUUGCCUGCUGAUUCUGUACCUCGUUUCUAGACUGUGUAUCAACUUCCUGCCUGUCUCAAAUACUCUCUUGGAUUACUCCUUGGUACCUUAUUGCCUGCCUGUUGCCGGCCUUGCCUGUUCCUCUAUGUCUUUGCUUUGCCCUCAGCCACUUCUCCACUACGAACUAUACCAACACUUUGUAACCCUCCAACUAGCGGCCAUUAGAAGAGGGUGUACCUAAAUGGUCCAUUCAUAAAAUCAUUAGACAGCUCAUCAUGAUUGAGUAAUUAUCACGUGCUAUGAAAGGGUUAUCUACAUGUUACAGUGACUACAGUUUGCAAGCACCUCCUACAUACAAGAAUUAAUUGCUAUUGGCUACUUUUUCCUCCAUGAUCUUUGACAGUAAAACUCUAGUUUUUUGUAAGUAUUGCAGCGAGUAAGGCAAGUAGAAUACUAGUUGUAUUGGUAGAAGUAUUUGCAGAAGGAAUAGUAAGGUUAUUAUGCCACUUUACAGAUCAUUAGUUAGGCCUCAUCUAGUAUUGUAUCAUCCAAUAUUGUGUGCAGUUCUGGAGGCCAUAUCUCUAGAAGGAUAGCAAUAAACUGGAAUCUGUUCAAAGGAGGGCUAUUAAAAUGAUACAUGGUCUAAAAAUAAACUUACAUAUUUAGGGGUCGAAUGGCCCCUAAUCGCCCUGUUUCCGUGCGAGCUUUCAGGCUCACCGGAAACAGGAGUUAAGAAGCAGCGGUCUUAAGACCGCUGCCUCUUAAGUCGUACGCCUCCUCUGAGGCUGCGGUCUGCAAUCCGCCCGAUAUUGUGUAAUCGGAUUGACACCCCCUGCUGCGAAUCUGCAGGGGGCGGCAUUGCACAAGCAGUUUACCAGAACUUCUUGUGCAAUGUUAAAUGCUGACAGCGUAUGCUGUCGGCAUUCAGCGACGUCUGGCGGACAUGAUACGCUACAGCGGAUAAUGUCCGCCAGACAUUGAUAAAUCGGCCCCAAAGUCUCAAAGCGAAGGGUCCAAUGAUAUAAAGCUCCCUGCGCUGGCAGGGUUAUCCAAGAAGUGUCUCCAGUGCUACGGCAGCCCUCAAUUUGAGAAAGGCAUAUUUUAGUUUGAUAAUUGCUUAUCUAGGUUUGCUGGCUUCUGGAUUUGAAGACGAGACGUCUACAUUACUAUACAUUGCUCAAAAACAACCCCCAAAUAUUUUGCAUCAUUUCUCUCUAUGCCGGCAAGUUUUCGAGCAUCAGAGCAAAUGACCUAUAUAGGUAUAGCUUAGAGGAGAGAAGGGAACAAGGUGAUACGAUAGAAACAUAUAAAGUAUAAAAAGGGAUUUAAUAAAGUUGAGGUUUUCACAAAAAGAUCAACACCAGAACAAGAAGUCAUGAGUCCAAGCUGAAGGGUAGAAGGUUCAGGAGUAAUUUGAAGAAGCACUUCCUCACUGAAAGGGUGGUUGGUUCAUGUAAUAAACUUCCAUUAGAUGUGGUAAGGUCAAACACCGUGGGGACUUUAAGAAUGCCUGGGUUCAGAAUAAGGAUAUCCUAUGAACUAAUUAAUUGUCUACUUUAUAGGAAAUGUGAGCAGACUUGUUGGGCCUAUGGAGUUAAAAUCAGUUUUCUUUCCAUGUGCUGACCCAGGUCACAUGUAGGAAAUCUACAUUUCCCUCACUUACCACAAACAAACUAACCUCUAACGGACUGAGAUGGCGUAUGACAUUUUCAUAAACUAUAAAUAAAUGGAAGGGCGGCCAAGAAAAGAAGUUGGCUUUUCUAGUCUAAAUAUAAAGAACACUUACUAGAAUGCCAUAAUCUUGGGGUAAUUUAAUUCGGCCUCUGUCCCAGCAACAUUGAAACAGGAAGAGCCAAAAGGCUAUGAGCAAGCAAUACUAAUCUGUCAGUAAUACACAUGGCAAGUUACAUCAUUGUGCAAUGUACACAAUGCAUGCUGGGAAAUUACGCUAAUAAGGAAAGAGUGUACAUUAUCAUAAAGGCUCCAACGCCCAAUGGUAAGAGGGGUCUAUACUGUUCAGAAACAGAACUGAAAGGGACACAAAACCCAAAUCUUUUCUUUAAUGAUGCAGAUAGAGCAUGCAAUUUUAAGCAACUUUCUAAUUUACUCCUACUAUCAUUUUUUCUUCGUUCUCUUGCUAUCUUUAUUUAAAAAACUGGGAUUUAAAGGGACAGUCUAGUCCAAAAUAAACUUUCAUGAUUCAGAUAGGGCAUCUAAUUUUAAACAAUUUUCCAAUAUACUUUUAUCACCAAUUUAGCUUUGUUCUCUUGGUAUUCUUAGUUCAAAGCUUAACCUAGAAGGUUCAUAUGCUAAUUUCUUAGACCUUGAAGGCCACCUCCUUUCAGAAUGCAUUUUAACAGUUUUUCACCACUAGAGGGUGUUAGUUCAUGUGUUUCAUAUAGAUAACACUGUGCUCAUGCACGUGAAGUUACCUGGGAGCCAGCACUGAUUGGCUAAACUGGAAGUCUGUCAAAAGAACUGAAAUAAAGGGGCAGUUUGCAGAGGCUUAGAUACAAGAUAAUCACAGAGGUAAAAAGUAUAUUAAUAUAACUGUGUUGGUUAUGCAAAAGUGGGGAAUGGGUAAUAAAGGGAUUAUCUAUCUUUUAAAACCCUAACAAUUCUGGUGUAGACUGUCCCUUUAAAGCUUUGUAGCCAGCCCAUUUUAGGUUCAGCACCCUGGAAUAGCGCUUGCUUAUUGGUCGCUACAUUUAGCAAACCAAUAAGCAAGCAUAACCCAGGCUCUCAACCAAAAAUGGGCCGGCUCUUAACCUAUACUUUACUGCUUUUUAAAUAAAGAUAGCAAGAGAACGAAGAACAAUUGAUAAUAGGAGUAAAUUGGAAAGUUGCUUAGAAUUGCUUCUCUAUCUAAAUCACUAAAGAACAAAUUUGGGUUCAGUGUACCUUGAAGCCUGCUGAAUGGGUCAGUAUGACAUUAUUAUCUAGUGGAGAUCAGGAUGGAUUUGGCCUAGCCGGGAGUUGAUUAGGAGGGGAAGAUGCACAUAAAAGCCCCAGUUUUUAUUGGUCAGCUCCUCUUAAAAUUAAUUUGCAGAGUGCUACAUUUAUUUUACUUUUAAUCAUAAAAGUCCAGAUGGUGAUGGCAAACAAGUCCCUAUAGUGUCCCCAAUUUCUUAUCUGAAGUAAAAGCUGAAUCAGGCUUAAACGGACAAUAAGCACAUUAUAUUAAUGACAUUUGAAUAAGAAAAUGUUUAGUUAUGCAUAGUGAAACAGCUUUGCCGUAUAAUAUCAUUAUUUAUUUUGCUCCAUUUUCAUGUAAUUUAGCUCUAACAAUGAUGGCUUUUAUUAUUUUUUAGAAUUGAAAAAGCAUGUGAUGACCUUAGGGCUAACCUUGCUGCAUAUCUUUUACUGACCUUAAUCCAAUCAUUUUAUACCAAUGCAACGACCAUGACUAGUCUUGUCAGCAGCAGACUCAAAUAUCAAAAAUGUGGCUCUAAACAGACACCUUAAUAAAUGCUGUAAGUGUAAA